CGACUUCCGAGGCGCAGAAUCCAGUUAACACAUCCUUGAAAAUUAUUUAAAAUAUCCUAAGCACGUGGUCUCGGAUGUUGUCCUCCCUCGGUGUCAAUGUAUCACGAGAGUACCUUUAGAACAGGUCGGAUAUGCUUGCUAAGCUGCCGUAAAGCGGCACGCGGUGGUUCUCUUCCUGUUGUAGGCGCAGCACGGCAGCAAAGAUGUGGCUCGGAUGCGUUUUUGUUUUAACGGUAGCGGUGUGUUUUUGUCAACCGCCGCGCGUCUUCGGCUUGCAGGACGUGACGGCGGACCUGUUCGGCUCGGAGUUCCAUGGCACCGUGGCCGCGUUCGGGGACUUUAACUCCGACAAACAGACGGAUAUUUUCAUCAUCCGAGAGCAAUCUGAAUUGGUGAUAUUCCUGGCUGACCUCGCAGCACCUUACUUCAAACUCAGAGUUCGACUGCCCAAGGAGCUUUUUGAUGAUGAAGUCAUCGAUGGUGUGGUACCUGGGGACUUUGAUGGAGACUCCCAGAUGGAUGUGUUGCUCACCACCCACCCCAAAAGCAAGAACACUGAGCAGAGCUAUGUCACCAUCUACUGGGGCAACAAGAAUCAGACCCUGGAUAAAAGCGUGAAGACUGUCCUGAAUAAAACUUUUGUGGACGAGCCCCUAGUUAUGGACUUCGAUGGCGAUAUGAUUCCUGACAUUUUUGGUACCACUUCAGUGUCUCCCCCACAAGUGUGCUAUCUUAAGGGAAGGAAUGUUGUGUGGCAGAGCGUUCUGGAGUCCAUCCCCAAGAUGCGCAUUCCCCAUUCCCAUGCCUUCAUUGAUCUCAACAAAGACUUCACUGCAGAUUUGUUCCUUACCCUGGAAACCGGGUUUGAGACAUGGAUCAAUCAGAAUGGAAACUUCACCAAGAGCGAGUCCAUAAGGCCAGAAGGUGACUUCAAGAUCCUUGGCCAGUCAGCAUUUGUGGACUUCGAUGGCGAUGGAUCCCAGGACCACCUGUUGCCCGUCUGUAUGGACGAAACCUGCAAGAGGAGCGCCAUCUUCCUUACCAGGCCAGGGCACAGCCAGGACCGCUGGCUUCCCAUCCUGACCGACUUCCAGAGGAGAGACACCCUGUGGGGUUUUGUCCCGCCCACGGCCUCCUCCGCAGGGGCCCCCCGCAUGCCUAUCACUCUGCAUCUGGGCGAUUACAACCUGGACGGCUUCCCAGAUGCCCUGGCCAUCCUGCGCAACACAAGUGGCAGCGCCCAACAGGCCUUCCUCCUGGAGAACGUGCCCUGCAGCAACACAAGCUGCCGGGACGCCGGCCGCACCUUCCGCAUCCACUGGGACCAGUCAGACCUGAGCUCCAUUCGCGGCGCCGCCGUCAUCGCCACCUUCUUCGACAUCUAUGAGGACGGAAUAUUAGAUAUGAUCGUGCUCAGCAAGGAGGACGGCAAGGAGGAGCUCACAAUCCACGCGCUCAAGAACAACUUUGAGGCGGAUGCCUACUUUGUUAAAGUUAUCGUGCUCAGCGGACUGUGCUCCAACGACUGCCCAGGCAAAGUGAAGCCUUUUGGUGUGAAUCAACCUGGUCCAUACGUCAUGUACACCUCGGUGGACUCCAAUGGCUACCUGAAGAAUGCCUCAGCUGGGCAGCUCAGCCAGUCAGCCCACCUCUCCCUGCAGCUCCCCUACACUGUGUUGGGCCUGGGACGCAGUGCCAACUUCCUGGACCACCUGUAUGUAGGCAUCCCCCGGCCUCUAGGAGAUGGGGAGAGCCGCAAGCAGGAAUGGACAGCCAUCAUCCCCAACUCGCAGCUCAUCGUCAUCCCGUACCCCCACGAUGACCCCCGCAGCUGGAGUGCGAAGCUGUACCUGACACCCAGCAACAUAGUCUUGCUGACAGCCAUUGCACUCAUCGGGGUCUGCAUCUUCAUCCUUGUCAUCAUUGGAAUCCUGCACUGGCAAGAGAAGAAAGCGGAUGACCGCGAGAAGAGACAGGAAGCCCACCGGUUCCAUUUUGACGCCAUGUGAGGAAAGAGGACGACAGCAAUAAGAAGCUCACAGUCAGCGGCGGAGACACCUCGACAAAGGCCUAUGGGAAAUGGGCAUGACCGUCCCGGAAUAUUUCUCUUCUUUUUUGGCUCUUUUGUUUAAUGAGGAGAACGGUGAUUCAUUUGCAUAUCCACAUACUAUCACUUCCAGAGGAAAAUGAUCCACAAUUGCCACUAUUGUCUUAUUUCCUUAUUUCCCUGAGGGAGGGGUCUGUAAAGCGAUAAAUAAAAACAUUUAAAAAUAAAGAGGAGACAGAACGUGACACCUUUCCAGGCCAUUCGCUCCUCCUGCUGAUCGUUCUCGGUCUAACAGCGCUCUUCAUUUCAGGAGUUGUUUACAUGUCACCAGGUGACUCCUACAGACAUACCAGUUCUUUAUUUAUCUAUUUAUUUGUCUGCUAAGUUGUUUUGACUGUUUUGUUUGACUUACUGCUGCUUCAUCUCCACUUCCUGCUGCUUCCCUAGAGGCUUUACUACACCCGCCCCCCCCUCCCCUAGGAUCAAUACGUACCAGUUAUCAUCGUGUCCACGUCCACCCCCGGCUCAGUGAAAUCGGUUACGGCCUUCACUCGUGUCCCUCAAAUGUCCACCCAGGUGUGGGUGAUAAGAUGGGAUUUUUUUCUUUUUUGUUUUAAUUUUUAUUAGCGCGUCAGAAGCAGGGUACCAGACCCACGAGGCCAGAGGAAAGCAGUGUGGGACUCCUGUGGGUCACUGAAUCAUGUUCUACUGUACAAAAUCACACAGUUAACACUGUCCACCAGGAGCUGGAAUUUGUCCUUCGCAAUGUAUUCGGAAGGGAAACGGAAGUAUUGUGUGUGUGUCUGUGUGUGAGUGAGAAAGAGUGAGUAAAUGCACUGCUUAAAGUUCAUGUACACAACCAUGCUGUUAAAUUCAAAUUCUCACUUUUUGUUUCUUCUAUGAAUGCAUUAAAAUGUGUAAAGUAACUGUACAGUGACACUGUUCAUGUAUAUUUGUUAUUAAUUGU